UAUAUAAAUCUUCUCUCCAAGUAUCAUCUUCUCAAACUCACAAUUUCACCAUUUUUUUGCAGCAGAAACAAGCAUGGAGGUGUCAUCAUCUUCGCUUCCACUCAAGGACCGUGUAGCAAUAGUAACCGGUGGCUCUCGUGGCAUCGGCCGUGCCAUUGUCAACCAUCUUCAUUCUCUCGGUGCAAGUGUUGCCAUCAAUUAUGCUUCCAAUUCUACACAAGCUAAUCUUUUGGCAUCGGUGUUGAAUGCGUCGUGCACCGCCGAUCAUCCCCGAGCAGUCGCCAUCAAAGCCGAUGUUUCCGACCCAGAUCACGUCAAGCUACUCUUCGAUAAAACCGAGCAAGAAUUCGGGUCCAAACCACACAUCCUUGUCAACUGUGCAGGUGUGAUGGAUCAAAAGUACCCAUCCUUAGCAAACACAUCAGUGGAGGAUUGGGAUGUGACAUUCAACAUCAACACUAAAGGAUCAUUUCUCUGCUGUCGAGAGGCAUCGCGUCGGUUGACUCACGACGGCGGAGGAAGGAUCGUAACGAUCUCGACAUCUCUGGUGGGAUCACUCUUGCCUGGAUAUGCAGCUUAUGUUGCUUCAAAGGCAGCUGUUGAGGCAAUGACGAAGAUUUUGGCUAAGGAACUCAAAGGCACGAAGAUAACAGCAAACUGUGUCGCUCCGGGGCCGAUAGCCACGGAGCUGUUCUUUUCCGGUAAGACUGAAGAAACUGUCCAGAGAUUUGUGGAUGCUUGCCCUUUAGGUCGGUUGGGUGAGCCAAAGGAUAUAGCAGGAAUUGUAGGGUUUUUAGUGAGCGAUGCUGGAGAGUGGACCAAUGGGCAGGUUAUUAGGGUGAAUGGAGGAGUUGUUGUGUAGACUCUAAACAGCAUCAUGCUGCAAUGUCCUUUUACCCUACU